AUGAUUGAGCAGCUCGGGUAUAUUUACCCACUGGCAUUCCGAAUAAGAAUGGCCAAUCUGUGGAAGAACCCUGAGUUAACCAACUGGUGGCUCCCGAAAAAUGAAGGCUAUCCGAAUUUUGUGCGUGAAAUCCGCGAAUGGAUGAAGGAGCGGGUAGUUCUCGAAAGCCUAGAAUUUCCUCAGUCAUGGGUGCUGGAAUUAAGAGCUCCCAUUGCAAGUGAUGGCUUGUACGAGUCCCAUAACACCGCCUUACUGCAUAUUAUCCAUUCUUGGCGGUGCGAACUCUGGACUAUCCUCCUGACCUAUAAAGCUAGCGAAAUCCGAAGCCCUGGCAUCCAGCAGCCCUUGCUGCAACUUUCGAUGGAAGAUGGCCCUUGGAGCAAGUACAUGCGUGCGCAGUUUUGGUACCGGUGCCUUAUUGUUGACCCGGGAAAUGAUACACUGCUGGAAUCGGGAUGGGCUUCCCUAUCCUGUCCCCUGCACCAAGCAUCAAGCCAAGUUUUUGUUCAUCACUAG